CGCUCGCCUCCACACAUCCACUCACUCACACAGCAAGAUAUUACACAGACAUACGCUUAUCACAACCCCUUUUCUCUUACACACUCACAUAAGCUAUAGCAUACAGUACACAAUAGGACUAGCUUAGGUACCCUUAUAGUUACUGUGUCUCAGACAUACAAUAUUGUAAGCUACACACGAGGACAUCUCUGUGAGCAACUUCAUUACCCAAGCCAACGCCUCAACAUUCAUUGGACAAAGAAAUGGACUGCCUAAAAUGUUCCCUGCUGGUUGUCUCUGCGGUUAUCUGUCUUUCAACAGUUGUAUCUACAGAAACCUCUGGAAUAACGGAGGCACUAAAUCUAGCAAAUAGUACGGAAAUGACUCUGCCAAGCGCUAUUACCACCCAGAUGAGUUCAGCAACUGAGAGAACAACAAUGGGGGGCACAGGACCAACAGUAAAACCCACCCUUCAAAACAAUGCACCAGGCAAAGCCUCAGUGUUAACCACCGCCUCCGAGUCCUCAGCCGAUCAGAAAACUACCUCAAUGGGACUGCUGCCGAGCAUCUUGCCUACAACGUCAUCACAGAUAUCCAUAAAAAGCCCAGAGUCAUCAUCAUCAUCCUCCUCAACUCCACACCAACACAACCCCAGCUCUGGUCCAGUGGUGUUGUCAGGGACGACAACACCAGUCUUACCCCUAGGGACGUCGGCAAAGGACUCAUUAUGGCCAUCAUCUCCGUCUCCCUCUGCCAAACCCACAAGCAGCCUGACCAUGCUGGCUUUUGGGGUAAUGGGCAUCAUUCUCCUCAUGGUCAUCGUCAUGGUGGUGUUGGUGACCAUUGUCAAUCUGAAAGGCCAGUGCAAGAACAACAAAGAAAAAGAUCAAAAAGGUUGGGAAUCUGUCAUUGAGAGCAAUGGUACCAAUGGAGAGAGAGAAAGCAUCACACUUGUCUCUGUGAGGCCACUUAAUGCAGACAAUGAUACCGAUUCUCCUCGUCUUUCGUCAGCUCCGAGCACAAUACUGGACACUGAGGAGUUGGAGGUCUGCAAAGAGGCUUAACCCACCUUAUAGACCAUAACACAAAGCUUGAUGAAAAAGAAGAGUCUGCAGAACUGCCAGCUUUGUUUUAUGGUGUUGUUGUGGUCUUUUUGCUAUAAUGCCUGAAACUAAUGUAGGCUAUAAAACCAAUGUGUAGGCUACUUGGCAGUUGCUUUGUUUGGACUUCUAAGCCUUCAAUUAUUGGAUUCAAUAGAUUGCUUUAGGGUAUACACAUUCCACUGUUUAGUAAGAAUUUCCUAUUGGGGAUGCAUUUGAGGCCUAAUGCAUAGUUGUUAUUACGCCUAAAUCAAGUUGGGAUCAUGUGGAAUGCAUAUAAAUAAUAUUAGUUCUAUGAGUGGACUGCAGCAAAUGGGAUUGUGGCCUAAUGUUGGCUUCCAUUAAGAUGUACUUUUCUGUAUUGUCACUGAGACCAUGUGCCCAAAGUGCAACAUUUCAAAUACAGUUUGGGAAAAAUAGCCUAGUCAACGUACUCUUUCUGGUUAUUAUCAUAACACACACAUCAUGACUCAUGUUGCUUUGAAUGAUUUUUGAAAGGAGCUGAAAACACCAA